AGUAUGAUAGAAGAUCACAAUGCCGUUCUAUCUAAGUGGGUAUACAUAAUUUGAUCUGGCGCGGAAAGCAAGAAGAGCUCGAAAGCACAGUAUAAACAGCAUGUACCGCGUAAUAGACUUUUUUAUCUCCUUCCUUCCUGUAAAAGCUCCAGGACACAUAUCGUUGGCCCUUCCCAACAACCUCAGAGAGAAUGGCAACAAAAAUGGUGAGAAAAGUGAAGAACAAGAUAGACAAGAAACGGGUAUCGACAAGAAUGAAAAGAAGAAGGUGGAUAUCUUAGAAGAAUGUAAGAAAGAUAUGGAAUAAAUCGAGGCGAAGGGAAAUGAAAAUCGUAAGUCGUCGUUAGAAGUUAGCAACGUAU